GUCUACCUGAAGUAUUUAUGGUGAUAGUUCGGGCUAUAUUUGACUAUAAUGGGUCAUCUGACCACAAGAUUCAGUUUGUCAAAGGGGACACCUUUGAGCUGGUCGAUGACAGAGAUCCAAACUGGUGGCAUGUAACUCUUCCUCGUAGGCAGGAGCAGGAACUCCCUGAACACAUCUACGUUCCCGCCACAUAUGUGGAGAAGUACGAGGAUGAAAAUAUCCCAGAUUUACCGCCACCUCCUUCUGAUGCAGAACUUGCUUCUAUUAGCUCUGAAAAUCUUCUGAAAAAUGAACCAAUGCCAAAAAAGGAAGAUCCAAAGUCUGAUUGGAUGUCUCAUGAGGACGGCAACGGAAAAACUUACUAUUUCAAUGUUAAAACUCAAAUUAGUCAGUGGAAAAAGCCUGAUGAAUUGCAAACACCCCCGAUAAGAAGAAGGGUGAGUGAGCCGGGACAGCGCGGUGAGGUACGUCGCGAAGAGCAACACUACGCAUCCCUUCUCCCAAAAGGGACAUCAUCAAAAGAGCUGAGAAAGACAGUGAAUGCUGGGGCAGCCAACAGCAGUUACAGCAACAUUAGCCACGAUAACACUUCACCUUACUACGCUAACUUAGGUAAAGGACGAGAGGAGUACAGAGGAGAAAACAAAAGACCGGAGAAACCUCUGAAACUGCACCAAACAGCCGGACAAACAACUUGUAACGAGAAUACAAGACGGGACAGAAAACACAGUAGUCCCUCGGCCUCUCCAGUCAAUACAGGGCCUAUGUCCCCCACCUUCACUCCUAGCCCUGUUAAUGGUUCCACUCCAAAGGAAAUGUUUAUGAGGCAGGGCCAGAGGGAACCCAGUCCCCGGCCCUACUCCGUAGCUGUCACCUCAGAAUCAACACCACUGACACCUACACGGAGGGUAAAGCGCCAGUUGUCUGACCACCAACUGUCAGCAGCAGCCAGCACGGAACGACCAGCUCACAGCGCCAGAGUACGGACUGGCAAGAAGAACAGCUUCAAGAGCCGUCAACUGAGUGGAGGAGAAGUACACGACACAGUGGUCACUACAAGUUGGGAGCUAGGUAACAGUGCUUUCCAUGACAAUACUGUCACUAUCUCCGCUCCUCAUCCUACCACCAUACCUAAACUGGGGUGCGAUUGUCUGUCUGUUUGCACAUGUGGACUAGCAUCCAAGGAAUUCAUCUCCAGUCCUAUCCCCAUCUCCCAAGGCACUCAGCUCCAGGUGCGGGUGUUUGAAGAGAUAAUCUAUGAAAACUGUGAAAACGCACAGUUCACAUUACAGCAAAUAUUGGACGGUUAUAUAGAGGACAAGAUAGGUGAUGACAUAUUCUACAUAUGCAAGAAUACCAACGAAAAGUGGAAGUUAGUACGAAAUCCAGGCGAAGACAAGAUCCACUAUUUUAACCCCUUGACCGGAGAAAGGGUAUGGACUCUACCCGUGUACCAAGGUUAUUCUGGGAUGGACAGUGACAGCGAAUGGAGCGUAACUGGGCCCAUAACCGACACUGACACUGACAAUGAAGCUGAAUUUAUAGCCCGUUAUCAUGACUACGUUGACAUGAGUAUAGAUCCUACGUUUGGGCAUGACGAGCUGUCAUCCAUUGCUGAGAACCCAAGUCACAGGACUUUACCGACCAAGCUUGAGAAACAAGAAGAGGGUGGCCAGUACCUCCAAGCCAAGUCAUUUUCUCUUGGUAGAGUGACACAGGCGGUUAACAGAACAUUUUCAAACCCCACAAAACCAAAACAUGGUAAAGCCCUGGAUAAACGUAGCAAAUCCCUCUCUGACUAUGGACGGAGUCCGGUGAUAAAAUGUGAAGGUACGCUCAAGAGAAAGAUAACUAAAACUCCACCAGAAGUCAAGUCUGUUGAGAAAUCAUGGGCAAGCUUCUACGCGAUAUUGAAAUCCAACACCAUAUACUUCUACAAAGAUGUGAAACACUUCAAACGAAACGAGUUUGAGUCAGCAUGCGAUAUCACCAACGAUGCUCUCGUGGAUCUAGAGCCCGACAAAAAGGGUAUUAAACUUAUCAAGAUAUCUAAACCGAACGGUCUUGAAAUGUUACUCCGAGUCAAAGCAGAGACGGGAGUUAAGGCUUCAACGUUUGAGUCGUGGCUAGAGAACUUGAGUGGUUGCACGGGGACUCCUUACACUGGGCUUAAGAACUCUCUAUCUACUUCUGACAUAUCACAUCAUGUCGGCAGCAACGGUCAUGACACUGACGUUGAUAGGAGAUCAAUCCUAGACUGCAAAGAGAUAACCAAGAAAGACAUAACUGAGUUUCUGAACAAGAAAAUGAAAGAUCCUACCAACAAAUCAUCGGUACAAAAGCUACUAGAGGAUCAGGGAAUAGACAUCAGUCACCUUGAUAAGUCAAAGAAGAAGGAGGUAUUAAACAGACUGCUGACAUCUCGACCUUCCUUCUCUGACCUCGAGAGAAAGGGACUCAUUAAAUAUACUGUGUUCGGGUGCCCGUUAGCAAAGCUUUGUACCAGACAGAAGGUGGCUGUACCGCGUGUUUUAACAGACUGUGUGGAAGCAAUAGAGUACCGGGGUCUGAAGAGUGGGGGGAUGUACAGGAUCAGUGGGAACAGUGCCAGUAUUCAGAAGCUCAGGUUUAAAUUUGACCGAGAAGAGACUGUGAACUUGAAAGAUGAAGAGUUCGACAUUAACAUGCUGACAGGUUUCCUGAAACUGUUCCUACGUGAACUUCCCGAGCCUGUUAUACCUUUCUGCCAGUACCCCAUCGUGGAACAAGCCAUCAACGGAGAUCGGAAUGGUAGCUACGAAGAAACGCUGACAUCUCUGAAGCAGGUGGUUCAUGACCUCCCGGAACCGAACAAGUCUACCUUCAAAUAUAUCAUACUUCACCUCGUCAGGGUGGCACACGAAGAAGAGAAUCAGAUGGACGAACACAAUCUGAGUAUAAUAUUCGGACCCUCCUUACUGGGGAACCACCCUGACAGAGCUAACCUUCUCGUCGACCUUCCAAUACAGAAUACUGCUGUCGAGAAGAUUAUUACCAACUAUAGGACAAUCUUCAAAUGAGAACUUGAAACCAGUUGUAGUUUGUCGUCUCAACUAGAACACAAUGUCCGGUUACAACAAAUCCUUGUCAAAUUCGAGACACUUAUCUUUGUAGAAUAAUGCAGCGGAUCUAAGACGAAAUAUAGAUCAAGACGAAAGAUAUGGACGAAAGAGGAACAGCUGAUUCGAUGUUCAGUCUUCAGAACCCUUCAGAAUUAAACCUGGCAAUGGUCCAUGGUAACAGUGGUAACUGGUAACAGUGCUGUGUUUCUUUUCCGUGUGCCAUUAGAGUCUAAUUUAGACUGGUUUAUCCUCCUGUCUGGACUUCAUGGAACCACCACGGAACCACCUCGUUUUCUAACUCAGAGUUUCAAGCGCGGCGUUUGAUUUGAAGUCUUGUUUUUAGCGGGCCCUCGAACAAGAGUAGCCCUCUUUGCAUGACCAAAGUUGUCAAAUAACUUGAAAAUUGACUGAUGACGUACCAUCUCCCAUUUUUAUCACUUUGUACAGUGGGUUACGUUGUAUUUGAAAGUUUUUUUGAUGAAAAAUUGUUUCGAGUUGAAUUUCUUUUGAUAUAUAUUGAUAUAAUACGGUAACAGAUCUUUAAUAGCAUUUCAGAAUAACAAAAAUUUGAUUUUUUGUUAAUUUUAAUAUUUUUAAUUAACUGGUCCUAAUACCGGCUUAUCAUACACUCUUUUAAGUGCACGAAGUUUUGUACAAUGUAAAAAAACUUAGCUUCUUUUGAAACAAAUCCAUUUAAGAUUGCGACACUGAUUUCUAGUUAGAUAAACCCUUUUUGCUAAUUUUGUAUCCGUAUAAAAAUGACCUCAAGUUCUCUCCAGUAUUUGUUCAACGUCCUACUCUGUAAAAAAGCCACUUUUCUCUGUUAUAAAGAUUUUGGAUAUAACGUGAGAUUUAGUGUACACUGAGUCCAGCUAUUUGCCAAGCCUGUAUUUUCCCUUUAAGUAUGCUCAUUAAUCAACGUUAAGGCGACUUAACAAACCCUUGUGUUUCGAAAAGGAAUCACUUUUAAUCACCUAUAGUUAGAUAAACCUAUUACCUAUGAAAGUUAACUUCAAGGAAUCGGAACUCUUGUAAAAACGCUAUUAACAUAACUCUUUAUAAAAACAAGGAACUUUAGAUGCUGUGACUAACCAAAUCUCGUUUGACGUUUAUCUGGCUUUUAAAAGUAUAACACGAGACAGUAGACAGUUAUAGGCUAACAGUCACACUGCUGGUAAAUCUGUCGCAGAGACAUUAGAGGGCCGCCAUUAAUACACAAAUACGUUAAACGGCAACCUUCAUGGGAAAAAUAAUGAUUCUGGUUUUCUGAUUUUUACUGAUUUUGUUAUAAAGUACUGUGUAGUGUGUUGUAGUACGUUUUCUGUUAUUUCUGAAUUGACAUUUUUGUUAAUAGAUAUAAA